CAACAGAUCCUGAGAGAAGAAGGGUUUCUUGAGAUGGAUAUUCCGUACACAGACAACUCCAACUGUGUGAUGGUUAUUGACUCCAGCGUCUCUGUUUUUGCUAUUCUCAAUGAGGAAUGUCAACUUAAGCGUGAUGUGAAGGAAGAAGAGGCCUGCAGUCGCAUCUGCAAUGCCUUGGAGAAUUCAGGUGUUGUUAGUAAACCACCUUUCCACCGGCCAAUACCUGGCUUUAUUAUCAAGCACUAUGCUGGGCCUGUCCAGUAUGAGGCACAUGGCCUUCUACACAAGAAUAAGGAUGAGGUUCCACAUGAAGUUUUAGAAUUGCUGGCUGUUAGCAGUAAUAACUUUAUUGAAGAAUUAUUAUCCACACUCAACAACACAGACCCUGAGUUUGGCAGACGAACUACACGCAAGAUUACAACUCUGGCAAAAUUCAAAUCUUCAUUAGAUUCAUUAAUGAAAACUUUGUCAGUUUGUGAUCUACAUUAUGUACGCUGCAUAAAGCCAAGUGUGAGAGGCCUGACAGGGCGAGUGGAUGAAGAUUACAUGAUGCAGCAACUGCGGGCUUGUGGAGUCAUUGAGACAGUGUGUAUCAGUCAGGCUGGUUACCCAGUUCGUGUAUCCUAUACGGACUUUAUCAAGAGGUAUGGAGAUAGACAAGGAGUGUCUGAUGUUCUUCCUGCUUCCAUAAAGUUGGCCAAAUCAGUAUUGUCAUCAACAGAAGAAAACAUUGAUCUUCUAUGCAGGUUUGGCCGCACUCGAGUAUUUUUAUCAGAAAGUGCUCUUCAUGCUUUGGAGAAAGUUCGUCAUGAGAAAAGGACUCAAGCAGCCACUUCCCUACAGAAAUGUUGGAAAGGUUAUCAGUCCUGGAGGAAGUUCAAGCUACUUAAACAGGCAUCCUUAGUUGUCCAAAGAAAUAUAAGGACAUGGCUGGCAAAGAACAGAUACAAGAAAUUAAAGUGUGCUUGUGUGGUGAUCCAGAAAAAUGUAAGGAGAUUCAUCAAGUAUCAGAAAUACCAGAGAUUAUGCAAGGCAACUAUAAUAAUUCAAAGCUACUUUAGAGGCUGGGUAGCAAGAAGAAAUUUUGAAACGUUAAGACAACAAGGAGAAGUUAGACCAUAUUCCAGUCAAUCAUGUAUGUCAAUGAAUAGCUUGGGUUAUUCUAGUUUGACUACAUCAGCAUCAAGCUACAGUUUUCAUCCAUCCCUGCUUGAUGUAAGCCCUUCAGAAAUAAGAUUUGGCCAUCUGGGAGCUAUGAGUUUAAGUGUAGAUAUAUUAAACUCUUAUGUGUCACCUCAGCAUCAACAGCGUUUACUUGAAACAGAAGAAUCAGGUAUAGAAACUGACACAGAGAGCAUCAAUGGUGACUCUGGUGCCAGCAGGCCACGGAAACUGCGCAGAAGGGCACAGCUACAAAGCCUAAUGCAGACUAGAGCCAGGGUUCAUCACACAGCCAGUGACGAAUCUCUAGUAGACUCCCCUGACAAAGCCCCUACCUCUUAUGGUGCUGAAGCAAGAGAAAAUGUCAUUGGUUCAAUUAAAACAGAUUCUGAUCAUCUAAAAGGGCAUGGAGAGAGCGUGAAAGUUUGUCAGAUAUCAAAAACUAGUAAAAGACAUUGCACAGAUAAUAUAACAAGGAAAGGAAAACCAUUGCCCUCUGAGGUUCAACAGAAAAUGCGUGUUGCAACUUUAAAAAGUAUUCAAGAAAUUACUGGUGUUCUGAAAACUUGUUCACCUUCUGAGGAUCUACAGAUAGUCUUACUGAAGCAAAGUCUUUCAUUGUUCUUCAAGAGUGGUGUGCUUUCCUACAGACGAAUGCCAGUGGUUACCAUUAAAUUCCACACACGGCCUACCUGCUUGCCAUUCUCCUAUCACCUACCCCAUCAUGAGCAGCCACAAGGACUGUGGGAAGCUCUGCCUUAGUAGCACCCUCCAUGAACUGAAUGACGAUGUAUUUGCCCAAGACUUGCCUUACAAUGAACCAUCUUAGACACACAAGUAGAUGAAUAGCAACUUGAACUGUUUUUACAACUGGGAUUGAGCUACACAAAUAAGUAUAUAAGUAUUUUUAAUGUUCAUUACAUCACUAUUUUAGUCAUAUUCUUUUAACUUUAAUGCAGUAAAUAGAAAAGGGAAACAUCAAAUAUAAAGUUUAGAAAACAUAAAAGUGCAGUUCAAGUUUGAAUUCAAGUAAUAUCUGAAGUUUCUACAUUAUGGUAAAUGAUCUAUACCAUUUGUUGAUUUUUUUUUUAAUAUUUUAAUUUUUAUAUAGGCAUUUGUUUAUAUUUUAUGCCCAUUAGUCUUGCUAAGUGAAUUUGUUAGAAAACUUUAUAAGGCAGUUUCUUGAGCAACACUGCUUUAUGGUAGUGCAGGGCAUUCCCUCAUUCAUAGUGACAAGUACAUAUUGUGUAACAAUUUAAAGUGUUAGUGAAAUUACCUUGUAAAAUUAUAUAACUCUGAGGUUGUCUGCUAAGGUAAAGUUGGGAGCAUAUGCUACAGCCUGUCAUAGCGGUAUUCGUCUUUGUCCUGUUGACCCUUUGAGCCUAUGAUGGAAAAGAACCCAUUAACCUGACAGUUCCAGUGUAACAUCUUGGUUACCACAGUUUACCUUCCCACGGUACCCAUUUAUCAACUAUUCCAAAAGGAAGGAUGAUCAGCUGGAUGGGCUACCAUCAACUGCCUAGGCUGGUAUUUGAACCCAGGCCUGCAGAUUUGUAGUUAGGGACACUAACCACUGCAGCAGAGUUGCAGUGCUAAGCAGUGUAGAGGAUUAAAGCAGUGGUUCCUAACUUUUCUACUACCACAUCCCUUCUAGGAAUAGGUCCUCCUACACUCUAUGCUCCCUAUGUAGAGAAAGAUAAAAUUCCCUCCCAGAUUUAUUAAACUGAUAAGCCCAAGUAGUCCAUUGAAAACUAAACUUGGUAAAAGUGAUAGGUACAUUUGCUUGUUUUCAUAAACCUCUCAAUAUUAUCCCACCCCCCUUGUUAAGAUAAUAAUAAAUAUAAUUGGAGUAAUUCCAACAUUUCCCCCUGGGCUUGUGCCCCCUUGGAAAUUACUAAUGCUAUACUAAGGGGGUGCACAUGGAGAGAUGGCAACAAGAUUCAAGUUCUUUUCUUUCACCUUGUUUCAUCUGGCAUGUUGUCUUAUAAUCAGGUACUUUCAUUGUUUAUAACGAUCACAUGAUAGGUGCUAGGCUCGAGAUAUAGUCCCAAAUAUUAAGCUGUGGCAAUAAUAAGACUAGGCUGAACCAGGCCUACUUAAAGUUGUAAAAUAUUAGUUCCCAACAUUUCAGGUGCUUUUUGCAGGAAUGCAGUGUUGCAAAGAUCACAUAAAAGAGUAUGACAUUGGUAGUCAAAAGAAAGUAUUACUGUCAUAUUUACACCAUCAAGAUGAGCACUGCAUUUGUGACCAACUGAUAAAAUUAAUGUCAACUGUUUCCAUUCUGGAUCCAGAAAACAAAUUACCCAGCCAUACCAUCUGGAUUAGCUGUGACUAAUACACUACAAGGUUCACUUCACUAUUUUAUAAUUUUAUUUAUUUAUAUGUUACUGAUUUUUAUGUUCAGUUAAAUGUUGCUUUGGUCUGGUGUCAUUGGCUUAAGAAGUCAAGUUAAAAGUCAAAGCAUUGUCUGUCACAUAAAUAUAAAGAAUGUCUAAGUCUUUGAAAGAUGUUCCCUAGUGUCAGUAAAAGUUCAAACUAAAUUAGGUAGGUUUUGAUAAACAGACAGCUAAUAUUUCUGCAGUAUUAAAUGGUUAGAGUAUGUUGCCAUGUACUUACAUAUCUAUUUUCAGGUAAACCUGCUGAAAAGUAUAACAUGAAAUGUAUUUUAAUUUUUGCAUUUUUAGUACAGUACUGUCUCCAGGAUUGCGAGUUUCAAGUUUGCGAUUCACCGAGUUUGCAAUAGGGACCCCAAAAAUUUGAUUUUUAUUGAAAACUGAAAUUGCGAUAUGACCCGAAAGGAAAAGGCUGCUAAAACUUU